AUGGAUGUGAGUGAUGAAUGUAAACAGAAGUUCUUGGAGCAUAUAGCAAAGAGUAACUGCAGGUUUAUUAUUUUCAAGAUUGAGAAUCAAGAAGUGGUGGUAGAGAAACUUGGAAUCCCAGAUGAAGCCUAUGUGGACUUCACCGCAUCUCAGCCUGCCAGUGAGUGCCGCAUUACUAUCUUUAAUUUUGAUUUCACCACUGAUCAGAAUUUCCAGAAAAGCAAAAUUUUCUUUUCAGUGCAUGGGAGAAAUAAGGUGGUCUAUGCCAGCUCCGAGGAUAGAUUCAAGAGUCAACUGGAUGGAAUUCAAGUUGAGUUGCAAGCAACAGACUCUAGUGAAAUGAGCCUUGACAUUGUAAAAGGACGAACACUGUAA